AUGGAGCAUCAGAGUAGCAGCAAGACCCGAUCCGCGGGCAACUUUGGUGGUUCUUCCGGUGGUAGUGGGGGUAGGUCGGCAUUCAGGGGAGCAUCAUCAGGACCAUCCCAAUCAUUCGCCCAGUCUUCAAUGGGUGCACAAUUAUCUGGACCUAAUCAGGGCAACAUGGGACCCCACCAGCAGGGUCGGCCCGACAUAAAGUUUCAGCAGCGGAGGUUUCCAUGCCCUAAGUGUGGGAGGAUGCACUUUGGGUCUUGUUUCAUGGACCUACCAAUAUGCUAUGGGUGUGGUUUGAGGGGUCACAUUCAGAGAGAUUGCCGCUCAUCCCGCCGAAAUAUGGGCAGAGGAGUAGCACAACUAGCUAAUAUUGUAGCUACUACAUCCAGAGUACCUCCAGCCCGAGGCACCCCAGCACCCGUAGGGCGUGGUGCAGCUAGGGGUCGUGCAUAG